AUGUUUCACUUUUUGAAAUUAUUACUACUUUUAACGAUCGGUUCAUUUUCUUUUGGCGAUAUGUUUGAUAAUGGUCGACAAAAAUAUGAACAAAUUUUAUCAUUAUCAUCAACAUCAUCAUGUUGGCAUGAUGUAUUAACAAUGUUACAUAAACAUUGUUCAAUUGAUGAACUCGAUAAAUAUCAAUCAUUAAUCGCUUAUCAAUUUACUCUUUGUCAUUUAUCUUCAAUGAAUCAUGAUUUAUCAAAUAUACAAUGUAGUGAAACUAAUGUUGAAUUAUGUAUUGAAAAACUUCAUCAACAUAUGAAUGCAUUUAUUGCUUAUACAGAAUUUUAUCCAUUUGUUCAAAGUGUUUGUUAUGUUCUUCGUCAGAAAUCGUAUCAAUCUGAAUUAACAUCACGUUUAACUUUGUUUCUUGAGAAUUCUCAAGAAACAAUAACGAAAUUAAUAUCAUCGAUUGAUCUACAACAUCAAUUAACAGAUAAAAUAAAACAUCAACAAUAUAUUCAAGAAACAAUUCUUACCAAUGCUGUUAAACUUAAACAAUUAGCUCGAACAAAUAUGGAUAAAACACAAGAUAUUCUUAGCAGUGUUAUACAAGCAGCUCGUCAUGAAUAUGAUUUACUUAAACAAAUAUGUGCUCUAUCUCAAACAAUUCAAACAAUAGUACGAAUAACAUGUACAUAUUCAUUUUGGUUUUAUAUGUUAUCGAUGUUUGCUAUCUAUAUUAUCACCAUCCCACAGAGAACAAAUCAAGCAAGAUCAAUUUUAUUUUCUGGUAUGUUUAUUUAUGUUCUUCUUGAACGUUAUUGUCAAAUGUCUUCAAUAAUUAAUUUUUAUCAAUGGCGUUUGAUUUGUUGGUCUUGUUGUUUAUUAAUUCUUAUACAUUUUGCAUAUAAAUAUCAAAGUCGUACAGAAAUUCAUAAUGAACGAUUGUAUCGUAUAACAACGAAUCUUAUUCAAACUGAAGCUACAUUUCAUCGAGUAUCAAGAGAAUUAAAACGUGCUCGUUCAAAAUCUCGUUCACGUUCUCGUUCGAUUCGUUCAAGACAACGACACGCUAAAAUUGUCUCUCCUCUAAUUCACGAUAAAAUUGAAGUCAUUCAUCAUGAUGAUGAUGAUGAUAAUAAUAAAGAAAAUAUUGAACAGAAUAAUUUAAUCGAUGAUGAAAAUGAUCAAUCCUUUUCAAAUGAUACAAAUAAACGUCAUUAUAGUCUUCUUGUUUCACAGUAUGUUUAUUUACUUAUUAAAACAAUGACUUAA